AUGGCGCUUAUCCGACUCCAAGUGCUAAACGUAUUUCGAAAGCCCUUAAAAGGGCUCUCGGUAUUUCUCGAACUGCCCGGCUCGCCGUCCCUCGCGUACACGGCCGAGACGACGGAACAGCCGAUCGAGGCCUGGUACCCUGUGAUGUCCGAAUUACAAGACCCUUCCCCCUGGAAAAGAUCGGUCGGAAUAAAUCCUGACGAGAGGUGGCGGGUGACUGUGUACACGAAUCCGUGGGACCAGAGCCGCUGGCCUUCGAUCUCGUUUGAUAUUCGCGGGGAAUCUCGGCUCAUUACGCUUUGUCUCGGCCCAGAUAGUUAUAAAGUUUCCCUAUCCGAUCAUAAGAGAGAACCUUUGCCCUUAUCUGCUAUGGAUUGUCUGGCAAAGACUAUGGAUAUGCUGAGUAGGGAUGAAGAAUUCAAGCAUUCUCACCUUGGUUCGGAUUUUAAGGCUUUCAAUGAUAUCACGGAAGAGAAUAGAGACGAGACGAUGACGGACCUAUCGGAUUAA